AUGGCUGAGAGUGUUGUUCAGUUCAUAAUACAAAAACUUACCGAUUUUCUAACGCAGGAAGCAAGUUUGCUACUCGGAGUAGAUGAGCGGCUCAGAUCGCUUCGAGACAAACUUGAAUGGAUGCAUGCCCUCCUCAAAGACGUCGAUGGGAAGCGCAAAGAAAAUGAAAGAAUCAAGCGUUGGGUGGAUCAAAUAAGAGAUGUGGCCUAUGAUGCUGAGGAUGUCAUCGACUUCUACAUCUUGAACAUUGAAAAGCAACAAAGAGAGACAGGUGCUGGAUUCAUGGGAUCCAUACGAAGUUCUGCUCGCAGCAUCAAAGACAUACCAACCAUCCAUGAUGUUAGCAAGAAGAUCGGUGACAUAGAAAGAAGGCUCAAUGAAAUCUCAUCCAACAGAUCGGAGUACGGCAUCGACAAUGUACCAGCCUCUGGCGAAGCUUCAUCUUCUUCAAAUCAAAGCCAGAGGUGCAGGGAGAGAAGAGCUCCCAUCGUGGAAGAAGCCGAUGUGGUUGGCGUUGAAGAUGAGACAGCGACAUUGGUAGGGCGGCUGAUUGAAGGAGAUGUGCGGCGUGCCGUCAUUUCGAUCACUGGUAUGGGAGGAAUAGGUAAGACUACUCUCGCAAAGAAAGUUUACAAUAACAUCCAUGUGAAAAACAGUUUCGAUUUUCAUGCUUGGGUGUAUGUGUCUCGAGAAUAUCAAGUGCGAGAGCUUUUACAAAGCAUUAUAAAUUGCUUUACAUGGCUCUCACGAGAUGAAAUGGAGAGGACACCUGAGGAAGUCUUGUGCCUGAGACUCUCCAAGUACUUGGAAAGGAAGAGAUAUCUGGUCGUAAUAGAUGAUAUAUGGACCAGAGAAGCUUGGCAUGGUUUGGUUACUGCAUUUCCAGAGAAGCUAAAUGGCAGUAGAGUGCUGCUUACAACUCGCAAUGAAGAUAUAGCAAGGUAUGCAGAUGCACGGAGCACGCCUCACAAAACACGGUUUUUGAAUGAAAACGAAAGCUGGGAAUUAUUUUGUAAGAAAGCACUUCUUGCAAAUCCUGUUCCUGAAUGCCCUCCAAAUCUAGAAAAAUUGGGGAGAGAGAUUGUUGAGAAAUGUGGAGGUUUACCUCUUGCAAUCUCAGUAUUAGGAGGUGUUCUAUCAAGGAGAGAGCAGUCGGUUAAUGAUUGGGAGAAAGUGCUUCGAAGUAUGGAAUGGUGGCUGAAUGAAAGCGAGGAUGGGAUCUCAGGCAUGUUGGCCCUCAGCUACCAUGACCUGCCGUCUUACCUGACUCCAUGCUUUCUUUAUUUUGGAGCUUUUCCUGAAGACUCUGAAAUCUCUGUAGCCCAACUGAUUUCGUUGUGGAUAGCUGAAGGGUUCGUGCAGCGAAGAGGAGAAGAAGAAAUGGAGGAUGUUGCGGAUGAUUACCUCGACGAGCUCAUCAAUAGAAGCAUGAUUCAGGUGGCGAAAAGGAAGAGCAAUGGAAAAGCUGAAAAUUGUCGUAUCCAUGAUCUUCUUCGUGACCUCUCAAUAUCAAAAGCCAAGGAAGAGAGAUUUCUGUCCGUGUAUGGUAACAAAGCUUCUACAUCACGGAUCACGGCACGCCGGCUUGCAAUUACUACUUCUCAUGGCAUCAGUAAGUACAUCUCUCGUAACCGCUCCACUCUACACCUCCGCUCUUUCUUGCACUUCAGUAGAGAGAGUGCAAUGCUCGAAAUACCGCAGUUGAAAAUCCUCUGUGGAGCUUUCAAAUUGCUCAGGGUGAUGGAUCUCCGAUACAUAUACCUUUCUAGUCUUCCAGAUGAAAUUGGAUACCUAAUCCACUUGAGGUACCUAUCUCUCAUGGAGACAUAUUUAGAAAGCCUACCAUCCACCAUCUCUCGCCUCUCCAAUUUACAGACUCUCGAUCUGCGAGAUACACGUAUCUAUGUUCUACCAGAUGAUAUUUGGAAGAUGGAGGAGCUACGGCACUUACUGCUACCAUAUGGUUGUCGAAUCAGUGACCAUACGCCACUCCAUCGCUUAAGCAAUCUCCAAACACUAUCAAGAGUAGAGGCAGGCAGCUGGAUAGAAGAUGGGUUGGAGAGACUGACUAAUUUGAGAGAAUUAGGAAUAGCGGGAAAUCUGAAAAUCUCAUUAUUCCAUUCUGUUUGUAAGUUGGUGCGGCUUAGAUCAUUGUUGCUAUCGGAAGGUCGUGGAUGCUUGAUUCCAGCUUUUGCGUCCUUCUCAUAUCAUCUCCAUCUAUAUAAGAUGGAAUUGAGUGGACGUUUAGAGAAAUUACCUGAACUGCAUGAAUUCCCACCUAACCUCACUGAGCUAUGCUUGAAAAUGUCCGAACUAAAGCAAGACUCGAUGGGAAUACUGGAGAAGCUGCCGAACCUUCGGAUUCUCAGAUUACUGUGGAAGGCCUACAUGGGAAACGAAAUGGUAUGUUCUGUCGGAGGGUUUCCAAUGCUCAAUGUCUUAAAUAUUCACAUGGGUGAAAUGGAGGAGUGGAGAGUGGAGGAAGGAGCGAUGCCGAAUCUUAGGUGUUUAGAGAUUGAAGAUUGCAAAAGAUUGAAGAUGCUUCCUGAUGGAUUGCAACAUGUAACCACCCUUCAAGAAUUGAAGUUGGUAGAUAUGCCUGAGGAAUUCAAAUCUAGGGUUAGAGAGGAGGGAGAGGACUGGUUUAAGAUCCGACACAUACCCUCUCUUAUCUGUAUGCAAAUUGUGUAG